GCGCCGCGCCUGGGCUCCAGUCGGCGACUUGGCGACCUGGGCCGAGGGCCCCGAAGAAGACGCGAUGGCGGCGACAGGAGGUCAGCCGCCAGGGCUGGAGGAAGGUGCAGCCACGGUGGCGGCGGGAGGUGGUGCUCAAGCCGCGGUGGCGGCGUCGCGAGCAGACUUGGACGCGCUGCCCGUGGCGCAGUCGUUCAAGCUGAACAGCAUCGCUCUGAAGUGGGUCAGGGACACCGCAGAGAACCCCCCAGGGUUUCCAGUGACCCCGUGCGCCGACAUCACCGACUCGGACCCUAUGUACGUAGGCGUGCUCGAGCGCACCACGGGAAUGGCAUGCAGCUUUAGGGGGGGCGGAGAGACGCAGCCAUGGUCAUGGCGGCAGACGUUGGCAGCGCCGAAGCCAGACGUGAAGGACAAGGCUCUGGGAUCUGAUCCCGCGGUGGGUAUCGCGCGCAUCAUGUGCCAGACCGUCGCCGCGCACGACCACAAGCGCUGGCGCGCCGCGCUUCACGUGGGAAGGCCAUUCGACAAAGGUGCUCCCGUUCCCGCGUGGGACUUCCACGUGUACCGCGCCGACAACGUCGUCACGAGGUUCCACGCAAGCCUGGCGAACAACAGAGUGGAGGUUGCCACCGUCGGAAGUGGCCUCGUCCUGCCUCGCCCGCCAGCGGCGGAGAAGGGCAAGUCAGAUGGUCCAGGCACGUACAGGGCAAAGACUGCAGGGAACUACGACGCCUCGUACCGCGGCACUGGGGUCGCGGCGCAGGCCGACGCCGAGGGAUCCGCGGUGGCGGAGCCAGGGGAUGCCCAGCAAGAAGCAACCGCGCAGGCCGCCGCGUCGGGGCCUGCGUCGCACGCCGCUGCGGGAGAAGGGGCUGAGCAGGCAGACUGGUGGGGGGUCCUAGAGCCCGCCUGGUGGGAGGCGAAGCAGGAGCGCACCUCGGCCGCGGGUGGUGCGUCGAGCGGCGCAGAGUGGUGGAGCGGCGCAGACUGGUGGAGCAAGGGGGAGUGGAAGGACAGCGGCGGAGACUGGAAGGACAGCAGCGACAACAAGUGGUCCCGCGGCGGAGACUGGAAGGACAGGGGCCAUGGCAAUGGCCAGGGUGGCGCCAGCAGUUCCGCCGCAGGCGGGGCAGCUUCGGCAGCCGAGGCUUCCACGGAGGAGAAGGAGCAGUCGAAGAAGUGGGGGUGGUGGCAGUGA